GAUAGUGUCACGGAUUUUUUAAAAUCAAAUUUACCAUUAUGUAUAGGUAAACAAAAUGAAAAUUCAAUAAAAUUGAAUAAAAUACCUUAGUCGACAAUGGUCGACAAUUAUUAAUGCUCAAUAUCAAUGCAGGAUAGUUGAGGAUAGUUCAACCAACAAUCUGUCGCCAUUGAAAAAAAAUAUUUAAUCGUAAUUGUUUUCGCUUUCACUCAAAUAAAAAAAGAUAACCUGUGAAAAGAGUGGAGAAGAGUUGUGAUGUUAUCUGACCUGUCUGUACCCAUAACCUGUUGGUGCUUAUUUAGUUAUAUCGUUUAUAUUUUAAUUAAUGAUGGUUACAUUGGAUAUGCCAGCUAAACUUGAAAAACCACGGAAAAAAUCGCAAGUUGAAUUAACGAAGAACAGUGAUGACACUGAUGACAAUGGACAAUAUAGUACCGAUGAGACCAUGGAAACAGAGACACAGGAAUUACAGAUUUCAACAAAUGGAUUCGAGGAAACAGAAUUUGAGGGUGAUGUAUCCAAUACUCACAAAGUUGAUGGCAAUCCCAGUUGGGCAGAUGCUAUGCAAAAAAUUCUUAAGACAAAGAAACCGAAACGUAAAAAGACUAUAGUUUUGUCUAAAGCAAAAAAGUUAUGCGAUGUUGUAAAGAAGGAGAAGAAUGAAGAGUUGCUAUUUGAAAUUGAAAAAGUGAAAGAGGAAAUAAAAACUGAUGAACCAGAAAAGAUUGGUGAUAAUGUUCAAGUGUCAGUGAAACAACUAAAAGAAAAAAGAAAAGAUCAUUUAGGUAUCAGAGUAAAACCAAAUAUAGCAGAUAGAGAACGUGAAAGAAUGUUACAGAAAAUUGCAACAAAAGGUGUGGUACAAUUGUUCAAUGCAGUAAGACAACAACAAGGUGAAAUUAAUAAAAAAUUAGUAGAAGCUGGUCCAUUAGAAAGAAAACGCGAGCAAGUCUUAAAAAAUAUUAAUAAAAAUUCGUUUUUGGAUAUUCUCAUGGGAGGAAGUAAAAGUAUUCCAGUAGAUAAUGUUUUAAAAAAUGAAGAGCCAAAGAAUGCAGAAAGUAAAGAGAAGGAUAAAGAAACAUGGAGUGUUCUAAGGGAUGAUUUUGUAAUGGGUACAAGAUUGAAAGAUUGGGACCGCCGAGAUGAGGAUGAGGAUUCCUCAGCUCCAGAAGAUAUGGAUAGUGACAAUUAA